AUGGGCGCCAGCGGCUCCAAGUCGCGGGGGCUGUGGCCCUUCGCCUCUCCGGCGGCGGGCGGCGGCGGCGCCGAGGGCCCUGGCGGGCAGCAGGCCCUGGCACGGGCACGGGCCGCGCGCGCCGCCACCCCCUUCGUCUUCACACGCCGCGGCUCCAUGUAUUACGAUGAGGAUGGGGAUCUCGCCCACGAGUUCUAUGAGGAGACAAUCGUUACCAAGAAUGGGAGGAAGCGCGCUAAGCUGAAGAGGAUCCACAAGAACCUGAUACCUCAGGGCAUAGUGAAACUAGAGCACCCUCGCAUUCACGUGGAUUUCCCGGUGAUCAUCUGCGAGGUGUGAGUCGCCAGACGUUUCUGCCCGCGGGUGGGAGGCCCUGCCCCACCGCCCCCAGCCUCACCAGGCGAGGCUGCAUCAUGUUCCCACCCGAGGAGGACUGUGGGCGCGUGGCGGGGACGGCGGCUCUCCCCUCGCCCGGAGGUGAGGCGGGACAGAGCAGGCCGGGCUGGGCUUGGCUAGCGCUCCUCACAGGAGAUGGGUGACCUUGUGCAAUGACUGCUUACAAACAUCCUCGCUUGAGUCAGAAGACUAAAAUACUUUUUGUAGCCUCUAGCCGACGUUUGAUGGGUAACUGGAACUGCAAACGAGCUGCUGUGUUUGAGCUGUUAAAGGGAGAGCGAGCCUGCACUUCUCACCAGACAAAAUCCCCUGCUUCUCAGGUAUGCGGCCCAGGGAGAGCCAGGGCAAGGUAACACACUGCCUGGGGCCCCGAGAUACCUCGGGCCUGGUGGUUAGAUGGCCAGUGUGGCGGCGUGUCGCUUGACAUGGCUGUUAUGUGAUGCUCCCCCGGGCAGGUCUGUCAAUGGAGGAUGAAGGCCGAGGCGGGGCUGGUCUCCCAGCAUGUCUGGCUGGCUGCUGCGCUCCUCUUGGGAAGGGGUUGGAGAUCAGAUGCUGCUAUCUUGGACCUCGGUCUCUUCCCCCUGUGAGUUUCCCCACUUCUGCUGGCUCUGGGGAAGUUGGCUUUGCUGCUGCCUGCAGUCCUUCUGCCCACAGGAGAUCUCUGUGGUCCGUCGCUACUGCUGGUGGCAGCGAGGUCCCCAGCUCUGCAGCAGACUUGCCUCUCCCGUUAGCAAACUGGCUCCUGCCAAGUGCCGUCCCUCACCCGAGUGCUGUCCCUCGCCUGCUGUGGGGCCAGGCUGCUAGGGGAGGCAUUUCCUCGUAACAUCCUCGCCCCCUGCUCCUGUCUUGAACGCACCUCCUGGUGGGCUGGGCCUUGACAGAGCCAAGCAGGAAGGAAAUAAUUUCUUCCCUCCCCAUCCCCCAAAAACAAUCAAUCGGUGUACCUGCCCCAGCUUGGAAAUCUCCCUGGCGAUGUGAACUACGGUUCCUCCCACAUCCCAGCUGGCAGCAGGAGAAGAAAUGCAAUGCACUUUAAAGGGAGGCUUUCUGCUCCUUCUUGGAAGGUCCUGCUCCUUUUCUCCUCUUUCCUCCCGCUUGAGGUCGGGGUCGCUUUGGCAGCACCAAAAAACCUCUCUCCCUGAGUGCAGACCCUGGGGCACUGAGCCAGCUGCUGCAGCGCUGGGCAAAGGCCUGAUCUGUACCGACCCUCGCCAGCACUGGGAGCCGCUGCCUCCCUGCUCGGCUGCCCCUGGAGCGGGCGGGUGGAAGAGGACCAGCUGUGGGGCAACAGGCACAGCUUUAAACUUGGUCAGAGCCUGCUCCCCCCAGCAGCUGGCUUGGCUUUCCUCCUCUUUCAUUCCAGAACUUAUUUACUUUCUAAGCACUUCAGAUGUUCGCUACCUCGAUUUUUAAUUUAAGCCGCUGGCACUUGGCCGCCAGCCCUGUCGGGAUCUAUAUUGGAUGUAUCCAUCCCUGGGCCCGCCAAGAGCUGCCUGGGCACGGGCCACAUUCCUGGCUUCUGGGAGAUAACAGCGGUGUGGCUGUUGCCGUCUCCCUGUCACCACCUCUUCCCUCUGAGUCCCCCCACCCGCUGUUCCCAUCGACAGGAGCGAGCACGGAGGGUGAAGCGGAUGUGCUGGCUGCCACUGGGCAGGGAAGCAGGCAGGGCUGGGCAGGGCUGUGACAGGGAGCUCCUCUACACUGUGAUGCUGGGCGCUUCUUUCAACAUCUUUUGUUCUCCUGCUUGCUUGAAAGAGUCUUGUCUUAAAACAAUCCCCCACUGAAGUGUUUCUUAUUUGCACCACCUGCUCUCGAGUUUCUCCCGGGCCUGAUCUCCCUGGGAAGGGCGUCCCUCGGACUCCGCAGGAGAGCAGGAGCUGCUGUCCAUAGGAAGAGGAGAGAAAGCUGUGGCCAAGCUGCCGGCACUGCCUUGCCCCACUGCUGUCCCAGGGCGCGGGAAGCUGCACUGAACCCGCCUCGGGUACGGGGGAAGGCGGAGGAGGAGGAGUGGGGAGGAGGCCGGUGCCAUUUGCCUGCCCCAUCGGAGAGCCCCUCGCCUGGCCGCCGGCCAAAAAUCUGCUGACAAGGCAGGGCCUGAACCCCCGGGGGGUGCGCAGAGACUGAGACCGGCUUAGCGAGGAUGCUUUUGUCCUCCCUGACAGGCUGCCCACCCUUCCCCCAGGGCAUCAAACAUGCUUCUCCCAAAAAUACACGCCUUCUCCCCCACCCCAUGUCACCGGAGCAGCAGCGAACCUCCAACGUCCGCAGGCUGCCAACAAGCUGUGUCCUGCCCCGCUUCUUCCCAGGCUGGUCCCCCGAGCAGCCAGCCCCUGGGCCCCCUCCCCUCUGCCGGCCUCCCGCCCUCCUUGCAGCAGCAGGGCUUUGGGAGCAGCUGGAGGGAUCUUAAUGUGAAGGUCGCUGUAAAUAGUAUCUGUGUCCACUGUGGUGUUGGAGCAAGCAAAAAAAAAAAAGGAAAGUUUUCUUUUCAAUUUUUUUUUUUUUAAAUUAUUUCUGUGCGACGUGCUUUCCUGUGUAUGUGUAGCCGAACCGUACUCACCGGCACCAGGCUCCUUGCUCCUCUAGCGUGUGGGUAGGACCUGUGGGUUUGGGAAACGUACACUAUUUAUGGUCCUUCCUCCCAGUGCAUCUGUCCACUUUUGUUAAAUUUCAAUAAAAUUAUUUGUAGAGCC